AAGUUAGACGCUUCAUCUGGUAUUGACAUCUUCUUAAAUCUUUACAGCUUCAAGACCGCUGGUAAAGCAUCCUAGUCUAUCCUAGUGAGCGGUAGCCUUUGAACGUGGGUAUGCAGCUCCUUGUAUACAUUCGCAAGCAUUAGAAUGCUGUUCUGCUCGUUCUUGCGGGCCGGUUGAGGCCAUAGGGUGGUGCAGACUCAUCGAGCCAUACUUAUUAUAGAACGGGACAGGACCAAUCCGCAUGCUGCGAGCACUGUACGAAUCCACUUCUGCUCGAGACUGAAACUGGAUCAGCUAUUUGUGAACAUCCAAGUGGUAUAAACUAACUCCAUCAUGCCUAACCCAAAGCGAGUCACCGAGAGGCUCUUCCAAUCCCCUUCGAAAUAUAUUCAAGGCCCCUCUGCCAUUCACAACGCCGCUAAAUAUCUCCAAUCGCUUGGUCGAGCACCUCUCGUCGCUUGCGAUAAGAUCGUCCACGAGAUCGCUGGAAAGGAAUUGAUCGAGGCACUCGAGAAGGCUAACUUCAAGGUUACCCAUGCAGAGUUUAACGGUGAGGCCUCAUCGCAGGAGGUUGAUCGUCUCAGACAACUCGGACUCCAAUACUCGUCCGAUUUCGUUAUCGGACUCGGCGGUGGAAAGACUAUCGAUGCUGCCAAAGCUGCCGCAAAUGAACUCAAAGUUCCAGUUGCCAUUCUGCCUACAACAGCUUCAACUGAUGCGCCAUGUUCCGCACUUUCCGUUCUUUACACCCCUGAGGGUCAUUUCGACCGCUACACCUUCUUCAAUACCAACCCUGCUAUCGUACUCGUUGAUACCAGUGUCAUCGCUAGGGCCCCUUAUCGGUUCUUAGCUGCUGGUAUGGGUGAUGCUAUCGCUACGAACGUUGAGGCUAGACUUUGCAAGAACAGCCUGAACUUCGGAGGAGGAUUACCGACUGAGGUCUCCGUUGCGAUCGGAACCAAGUGCGAGGAGAUCCUGCUGAAGUAUGGAAAACAGGCGUACGAGGCGAACAAAGCUAAGGUAGUCACUCCGGCAUUCGAGGCCGUUGUAGAGGCCAACACACUUCUGAGUGGACUAGGCUUUGAGUCCGGAGGAUUGGCAGCUGCUCACGCUAUCCAUAAUGGAUUCACCGCGAUUGAAGCACUUCAUCAUCUACUCCACGGCGAGAAAGUCGCAUUCGGAACCGUCGCUCAAUUAAUCCUAGUCAACGCCACCGCAGCAACCCUCGAUACUUACAUCUCAUUCAUGCUCUCCGUCGACCUCCCCGUCACCUUCGAGCAGCUUGGCAUUCCCAAUGUCACUGAUGACGAACUCCGUGCUGUUGCCAAGCUCGCCACAGCGGAGAACGAGACGAUCUGGAACAUGGAGGAAACUGUGACUGAGGAAAGCGUGUUCUUUGCUCUGAAAGGCGCAGAUGCUGCUGGAAGGGAGUAUAUUCGGAGGACGGGUUGGAAGAAAGAUGAGUGAAUGGGAAUGACGUCAUAUGACAUGGGGACUUUGUAUUGCAGUUUACAGUACGUGUAAAAUGUUCUUGAUUUGGAUGCAUUGUGUACAACUAUGACUAGAAAGUAACUACUGUAUUUCUGGGAUCUUGUGGACUGCAUAACAAGACAAGCUCUAUUCUUUUCAAAGCGAAUUGGACGAUUGCAUUCCCGAUUAAACUGCCAGACUCAAUGUCUUGUGUAGUAGGGUCACCAACCGGGGUCUCAGGGUCUUCAGAUGGCGUACCUCGCCUUCUGUACCACAUUCAAGUAUGGUUCUUUCUGUCCUGAGCUGACACUGUACAGGCUUAGGGUCAGGGUGGAGUAUGAUGUCAUUUUGGGUUCGUGGAGGUUGUCAAGUAUAAUUCUAUUUUAUGGGGAAGUGC